UUCUCAUUACUGCCGUCUUCACUGCUGGACGUAGACGCCGCCGCUCAUUGUUGCUCAAGUUUUUCCCGUCUCUGUUCUUUGACAGAGUGCCGUUCAAGGUGUUAUUUCUCCAUCCAAACCCCUCCCGUCCGGCGGUACAGUAUUUUUUCUCCGUAGCGCGGCGCAGUAUGCGAGCAGCGGGGCUGGAGGUCGCCGGAGCCCGGGACUGAUCCCCACCGAGAGAGCUGUUUCUUGGACACAUCUUGGAGAUAAAGUGUGCUUCUGCUCUCUAGUAGGCUCUCUUCUUUUUUUUUUUUUUUUUUUCCCCCCUCUCACCGGUUGCGAUGUCCACAAGAAAGACAUCGUUGACGGACAAGCAGGCUAAAAACGGCACGUCCAAAUAUGUGUUCGAGAGAUGCGCCUCUAUUAACGAGUAUUAUGAUAUUGCCUUCAAGGUGAUGCUGCUUGGAGACUCAGCGGUGGGGAAGACGUGCGUCUUGGUGCGCUUUAAAGAUGGGGCAUUUCUGGGAGGCAACUUUAUAGCCACCGUUGGAAUAGACUUUAGGAACAAAGUGGUGGAUGUGGACAACAUGAAAGUCAAACUGCAGAUCUGGGAUACGGCCGGCCAGGAGCGGUUCCGCAGCGUCACACAUGCCUACUACAGAGAUGCCCAGGCGCUGCUGCUUCUUUACGAUAUCACCAACAAGCCAUCAUUUGACAACAUCAGGGCUUGGCUGACUGAAAUACACGAGUAUGCCCAGAAGGAUGUGGUCAUCAUGUUGCUCGGCAACAAGUCAGACAUGGCAGCAGAGAGGGUUGUGAAGAAAGAGGAUGGAGAGAGGCUGGCAAAGCAAUAUGGAGUGCCGUUCAUGGAGACCAGUGCGAAGACGGGAGUCAAUGUGGAGCUGGCUUUUCUCGCAAUUGCAAAGGAGCUGAGGCACAGAGCGACGCAGCAGCCGAAUGAGCCCAAGUUCAAGCUCCACGACUACAUCGAGUCUCAAAAGCACAAGUCUGGCUGCUGUAGCCUCGUGUAGCGGAGGCUGAACACCAGCCAGAGGGAGAUGCUGUCAGAUGAAGAAGGACAAUGGAAGGGUGGGAUGGAGGUAAAAAAAAAAGAGAAAAAAAAACAGGUCUGGUCUCUUGUGAAAGCCGAUCCCAGCACUUAAACCGUGAAGAGCUGAAGACCUCGACUUCUCCCUGGAGCCUUUUUUUUGCCUGAACGAAAGUGAAUCUGGAUUGGCUGCCAUCCUUUACCUGAAAUGUGAAUUUAAAUAGUUCGUGUCCUGUGUAGAAAUGUUUGUGAUCUUUGUGGUGACAGUGGUAUCAAAAUACAAGUCAGGAGUUACAAUCGAUAAUGCUACGUUUGCAGGGAUGAAGAGAGAGCCACAGCUGUCAUUCUCGCCUUGAUGAGCGGCAGUUUUAUAUGACCCGUCCACACCACUGUUGAUAGCAUCUUGCCAUGCAGCUCUUGAGUUUGCUUCAUCCCAGUUUUACCAGGCUGUCAACCGAACCCCCUUGGCCUUACAGUCUUUAUGUUGAACUUUUUUGAGAGCUUGGUUACGUUUGAAAAGUGGACUUCAGUCUCCCAGUCAGAUUGUAGGUAAAUGAUCCCAUCUGUUCACAUCUGUACUCUUGUUAGAUAGAAUAAAGCCAACUUUUUAGGGCGCUCACCCUUCGUGUGUGUGUUUGUACAUUCAAUUCAGGGCCCAUGAAAGUUAAUCCAACAACUGCACCUGCGCUGGAGGAACCAUCCUGCACCUGUUCUUAUGUUUAAUCUUCAUUUAUGGUUCUGCAUUUUCCUCAUUCACACACAGAGGUGCACACAGAUACGUGCCCCCGCCUCCUCCAGGUGUUUUUGUGGUCUCCUUAAAUGAUGGACUUUGUCGUCAAGACUGUGCCCAAACUGUAUUUGUUCACGCUCCACAUCCUUUAUCUUUGUACACUGUUCAUUCUGAAUGUUUGCUCGUCAAACUUGCUCAGCGUCACAUUGGUCCCUCUUCUGAGGCGUCGCGUUGAUCACAAAGUGCCAUUAAAGUACUUUGUUGUCAUAUAUGUAUAUAUAAAGUAUAUUUUGUAAUGUAUGUGCUGCUGUUUUAUUGAAGUUCGUCUCGUCUGUGCUGCUUUUAGUGUGUGUUAUCUGGGAGAAGAGUGGGAGUCUCUGGUGGAGGACAGGGUGUGCUGAGGGUGAUGAGCCACAGUGUGGCACCAGCUACCAUGUUAAUCCUCUGCCAUGUACCGCUGCAGAAAGUAACAUUUAUUUCUGCAAGGAAGGUAUAAACAAACGUUUAUUCAGUAUUUUAAGCCAUUACACAGGCAGACUGUUAAUGAGAGGAUGCUCAAGUGCUUUUUCAUGAUGCUUCUGUUAAUACGGUGCCCGUGCUGAGAUUGGUUUAGUGUGUUUUGUGCAGCAUUUUGGUGGUUUACUGUACCAGGUGGCACACCUGCACUUGGCUCACCGCCGCUCCCACUCAAAUCCAUGUACAGCAUGAGUCACGAUGCAAACACGACAAGGAACGUGUGCAUUUUCUGUCCUCUGCCAAAAAAAUAUUUAUAAUUGAGAUAUCUUGCCAUAAUGAGUUUAUUGCCCCAAUUGUAUGCACUUGGACUACUGUUGAGAAACCCUCAGCAGCCUCCUCAAAGCUGUAAAGAUUAAAAGCUGAUUGUUAGCAAAAAUCA